AUGGAACGUAAAGAUUUCUUUGAUUUAUUUAAACAAUCACCAUAUUUUAAAGAUUUAACUCAUCGUCUUACAGCUCUUGAUGAUAAACAAUUACUUUCUAAAGAUAUAGAAAUGGCACUAAAGAUUUCAAUGAAUGACGAAAUAUAUGUUGAUGUAGCAAAAUAUCUUAUUCCUUAUAACUUAGUUGAGUUUACUGAUGAAUUUGUAACAUGUGGAUAUACUGCACCAACACUAAUGGGAAUUAUUAGUGAUAAAGAAAUUCAACGAUUUGCAACAAAUUCAGCUGAUGUUAAAAGAUUACAAGAGUUUUGUCAAUUGGCUCAAAAAAAUAUGAUUGAAAAAUCAAAAACAUUAACUAAAGAAGCAAUUACAAAAGUAAGAUCAAUUCAAAAUAAUUUUAUUAAAUACAUAGAGAGUAAUAAUGAAAAUGUUAAAAAUACAUUAUCAUUCAUUGAAUAUAUUCAAACAACUCCAGAAGAUAAAAUGACAAUUUCACAAAUUCUUUCUCGUUCUGAAAUGGCUUUUAUUGAAUUGAAAGCAAAACACCAUGUCGCAUAUAGAUUGUUAAAGAAAUGUGAUUCUGUUCAAGAAAUGCAACCAAUUCUUAUUCAAUGUCAAAAUGCACUAAUUAGUAUUCUUGUAGAUGAAUAUUUAGAGGGAUAUAAUAAAUCUUUGUUUUGGAAACCUCAAUUUAAGAAAUCACCUAAACUCUCUGAACGUUCUUCAAGAAGUAAAAUGUCUAAAACCCCAGAUUUAGUUCAGUUAAACACUUCGUUCUCUCCUUCAAGAAGAGCUUUUACCCCAAAAGUUGAUGGAAUAGAAGUACUUCCAUCUCCAAGAAAUUUAGAAGAAGGAAGUAAGAGAGGUAAAUUAUUAGCAUGUAUAUCACAAAGUGAAAAUGAUCUUAGAUUAACACUUGAACAUUGUUCUAAAACAUUUAAUCAACCAGAAAGACAAGAAAAUAAAAUUGAAGAAAUUAGUGAAUUUAUUAAAAAUAAUAUUCAACCUAAAUUAACAAUAAUGAAAGAAAAUAUUAGUUCAAUUAAAUCAAAUGAAGAAUAUGAAAAAUAUAAAACAAAAAUUGAGAUGUUGGAUAAUUACAUAUCCUUUAUUGGAGAUGAAAUCAUUUAUCCUCAAAAAUCUAAAACACCUAUUGUUAAAACUAAUGACUUAACAUUAAAAGAUAUUUUGAUAAACAAUUUAAACAAAUUAGAUGCUAUUGAAGUUAGUCUCAACUGUAUUCUUCAAAAACUUUCUUCGUUAGCAAUAAAUUUAAGAAAAGGGUCUACAACACUAAUGAAAUAUUCAAAUAUGAUUCAACGUUUCUCUAUGUCAUUUUAA